AUUUGGCUCGCAUUUUAAUCUAAUCAUGGUUAGAACUAAUCAUGUGAAUACACAAGGAUGUUUAUACGCAACGUACCUAUUUGUUUAACGCUCGGACAAGAUGAGAAUCAAAAUAUUCGCACAUCUUUAGGUUUCUAAAAUGAAGAGGGGAGUUUAGAAAUUAUCUUUACAAUGGAGAACACCCCUCUUCUUCCUGAGGAUGUUACGAGAACCAGUUUAAAACACGUGCAUCUGUCAAUGUGUGUCAUCACGUGUCUUCACUAUGUAUCCAGUGUCAUCGGGUCUUUGGUGGUAUCGGAGUACACGUUUCAGUAUGUUAGUGCAACACUUCAAGGAGACAAAAAUUCCAAGCAAGUGACUUCCGAUCACGCGAGAUCAAACGAGAAUUGUUCUACUCAUCAGAACGAGGCUCAACAUGAGUCCGCUCAGUGGAACGCCUACUUUGUGUAUGCCGAAUACGGUCCGGGAGUGUUUGUCAUUGUCUUUGGUGGAAUUUUGUCUGAUUAUCUUGGAAGGAAGCUUUUUAUCCUACUUCCUGUACUCGGGACAUUUCUUCAAUAUUUAUCCUGUCUUGUCGUUGUACAGUACAACUUAGACAUCAAGUAUAUUUUUAUUGGAUGCGUGUUGAGUGGGUUCUCGGGUACCCAUUACACUCUCCAUCUGGCGUUGUGUGGGAGCGUCGCCGAUGUCUCGAGUUACGACAAAACUCGGACGUUCUCGUUGGCGCUUCUCCACCUGUACGCUGGAGUGGGGUCUGCAGUAGCGCAGAUGUCAACCGGGUAUAUGAUUAAAUACCUCGGCUACUCCAUGCCUUGCUUAGUCUCAGUCGCUUUAUGUUUCUUGAAUUUUCUAGCCGCGCUUUAUAUUCCAGAAACUUUACCCAAGUCAAUAAGGAAACCCACAACUGACACUUUUGUCCAUAAAUUAAGUCAAUUUUUCGCCUUUUACACAAGUUCCUCGAAUCUUCGUGAAGGGAAAGUUUGGCAAUUCGUCCUGUGUCUCGUUUCUCUGACACUCAUCAUAACUCCGUUGACAACAAGACAGAGCAUGGACAUCAUGUACUUCCUCGGUCAGCCAUUUUGUUUUACCUCGGAAGAAAUCGGCUGGUUCAAUUCUGCGAACAGUUUGGUAGUACUAUGUUUGUCUGUCAUAUUAUUGAAGAUCCUCCAUCUUUGUCUUGUUGACGAGGUCAUUACUAUUUUGAGCUGCGUUUCGGGCAUUGCGUGUUUCACUAUAGAAGGCUUUGCAUCUGUCUGGUGGAUGCUUUACGUUGCCGCUGGAUGUGGAGUGAUCUCUCUCAAUCCACUUCCGGUUAUCAAGGGCAUCAUGUCUCGAUUGGUCAACGAGAACAGACAAGGUGCUCUCUUCGCUAACGUCUAUUUCCUGGAGGCCGUCUGUCGCCUGGCGGGUUCCUCCGUCUUCUUCAACAUAUACGCUGACACACAGUACCUAAUGAGGGGCUUCGUGUACCUUGUUUACGCCGGGUUCUUUGCUGUAGGAGCCAUUCUAAUGAUUCCACUCCUGUUUUCCACCCGACGAGAUUUAAGAAAAUCCAAAGAGAUAUCUGUCCAGGUGUGAUAUCUGUACGACAUAGAGACAUAGUGGUGAAAUAUAUUAAAGGUGCGAUUUUCUGUAUAUCAUAUACCAUUCAAUACAAGCUUCAUACUAUUAUUAGAUAUAAUGUAAGAAUAUACUUUGUAGAUAUCCGUAUAACAUACACGUAUAAAGGACAUGUACGAUAACCAAACUUUUAAUAGCGACGGUUUCUAGGAAUUGUACGAUCUAAAAAUGUUCAUUAGGUCGUUAUCUAAAUAAAUUUCUAUAUUUUGAAAAAAAAAUAACCUUUUUUAUUUGAUAUUCCUUUCAUUAAAACACUAAAGGAAACAUGUUUUAUAAAACAUAUUCGUACGGCAGAAAACGUGCUUUUACAGUAUCAAUUUUAGGGGCCCUAUACCCCCUUUUUUUCUCGCAGCAAA